AUGUGGUCCAAUAGGUUUGGGCGGCGAGGCGUAGGGUCCACGAACACAGCCGUGGGUAUGCCCCACAUGCGAACCCAUACCCCACCUCGUCUUUCCCGCCAAAAUCAAGCCCUUUUCAAACUCCUACCACACAGUAUACGCAUGGAGAUCGUGAAUGCGUUUGAGCCCUACGGCGAUCUGGCGGCGGCGACGGCGGAGGAGGAGGGAUGCCGGACGCCGGAGCACGGGAUACCGGAGAGGUCGGCGCCACCUCCGCCGCCUAGAAAGAGGCCGAUCCGCGGCGGGAAGAAGGAGCCCCCGGAGAAUGAGUACUUCCGACCUCCCGAACUGGAGGAGCUGUUUGCGGCGCUGACGCGGACAGAAGCUUGUGCCUAA